GACGUGUUGCCGCGAAAACGGAAAAGGGGUCCAUAAUUUAUUUAUGACAACAAGCAACAUGGCGGACGCGGAAAGUGAAGAUCUCGAGUAUCAUGUCACUUUUCCGACUGCAAUUUCGGCAGCAGAAGGCAACGAGAAUGGUGGAGGUACGUCGGAACUGGAUCGUCGAGAGCCAGUAGUCAUUCUCUUGGGCUGGGUUGGCUGUGAGGACCGUCAUUUGAGUAAAUACAGUGCAAUUUACCACUCGCUGGGUUUCACCACAGUUCGCUAUACCGCCCCCACCGAAGACAUUCUGUACAACCCUCUCAAAUUGAAAGACAUCGCAAAAAAAGUUCUGGAGCUGGUUUUCGAUCUGGGCCUGGAGGAAAACGUCGUGUUCUUUCAUAUAUUCAGCAAUGGCGGCUGCUUUAUCUACAAGCAUCUCACUGAAUUCCUCCACGACCCUCAACUUGGUGGGGAACUGUCGACUGUGAAAGUCGCCGGGUGUGUCUACGACAGUUGCCCGUGUGCCCCGUCUCUAUUGCAGUAUAUGAAAGUUCGCAAUGCAGCUGAUAAGACAAGUGGUUUCUUCAUGAAGAUAAUCAAGACAAUUGCGCUCCUUUUAUUCGCAGUACUCGCCAUCUUUCUGCCGUCGAAUUGGAAAAGUCAAAACGAAAGAUCAAAGUUCAUGUCAGCGAUGAAAACUGACCCCUCCCGCUAUCCCCAACUGUUUCUCUACUCGAAGACGGAUGAGAUAUGCCCCUGGAGAGAUGUUGACGAUGUGGUCGAGGCACGCCGCAAGAGGGAGGUCCACGUGCAGCAAGUCUGUUGGGAUGAGUCCAAUCACUGUACACACCUUCUUGCUCACCGAGAUGAAUACAUUCAGAGAUGCCAAGACUUUGCACAAGGCUGUCUUCAAAACUUUCUUGAGGAUAACUAAAUGUUAAGCCAAGGAACCAAGGAUGAGCAGCCACUGCAGUUGAGAUGAUCGUAGCCAUCCAUCCUCCCGUCUGUCGUGAGGAUGGAGGGGUACGAUUAUUGCAACUAUUGAACUAAAAAAUUAUGUGUGUUCUAGAAGAAUUAAACGUGGUUCCAUAAUACUCACUGCGAAUGCAACGCGAUUGUCAAUGUCCCAAAUUCGCAAAGAUCAUUUCAGACGAGUUGAGAUGUGCUGAGCUCCUGCAAAAUGUGAAAACAGCUCUGUGAAGUAAAAUUCACUUCACACAAAGCAUUCGCAGGAAGUAUGGCCCGGCCUUAAAUAAUUCAAAUGAAUGUUUUACAUUUUGAUGUCUACGCACCCACCUUAGUAAACACAGUUCCUGGAACAUGUUUUGCAAAGUUAAAUCAUGUUAUUGUUUUUAACGAUGAGAUGAUUAUAAAUCAAAGUGCAGGAUAGAUAAUUGUCAGGGGGGGGGGGUGUUAUAAUGUAUAGUCGGAAAGCCCUUUUUAAUAAGGUUGAUACUAGUACUAAACAUCCUAAGAAAUAUUUCUUACAAUGCAACAUACAAGGCACUAUCACGGGUGGGGGGGAUAAUCUUGAAAUUUAAAAGUGAUUUGGUUUGUUUUUCUUAAAGAUUGUGUGAAAAUGGUUGCCUGUAAAUUGCCUGGUUUUAUAUCGACUCUGUUUCAACAACAUGUCACUGGGCAUCAACAACAAAUCCAUUUGCAUAAACAGAUGCAACAAAGAGACAGCAAGGACCAAAUAGUAUUAUUCUCACCAGUUUGCCGUUAUAUAAUUUGUCAACUUAAAACUUCAAUAUAUUUUUUCACAAAAAUUACUUUAUAUUUAUCAGAACCAUUGUUGACAAGUAUUAGCUUCAUGUGUUUGGAUUGUAAAGCCAGCAGUGCAUUUAAAGGGAAGGUACACGUUUGGUAAUUACUCAAAACAAAUAUUAGCUUAAAAACUGACUUGGUAACGAGCA